AUGCACAGUGGCUUGAAGGAAGUAUGGGGUAAAGCGUAUCUGUAUGCCAGAUACUCAAAAAUACUUGUUAUGCCAGUUGUGAUGGUAAUUGGUGCAGUUGGUUAUUUCAUGGAGCAGAAAUUUUAUACUCCAAAGAAAAUUCCAUAUUUAGACGCAUCGGUAACAGAAGGACGUGAGAAGCGACAAAUGGAAAUUGAAUUAGAUUCAGAGUUUGUUGGUUCAUUAAACUUCACGAAACCUUGUUUGCGCUUUAAAGGAUUAGUACUCGAUAUUAUUGUUCAAAAGAAUGGAUUUGCAUCUUAUGUUCGAAGGAAACAAAACCACUACGACGUAUUGGAUGUUCCAUAUGACGCAACGGAUGGAGAAAUAAAAAAUGCUUUCGUUAAAAGAUCGCGAGAACUGCAUCCGGAUGGCAUAAAUUUCAAUCCAGAAGUGGUACGAUCUAUGGAUAAAUAUGCACCUGAUCUUACCGAACAGUUUAUGCAAUUAAAAACUGCUUAUGAUAUUUUACGACGUCCAGCGCGGAGGAAACAAUAUGAUCAAAUGAUGGGAAUUGAACGUUUAAAACGUUUCAGUGGGCGAUCGGAAAAGUUUGACCUUUACAACAUUGAAGUAAAAAAGCACAGUUUUGCAAGGAAUUUUGGUAUGUCAGCUCGAGAAUUCGUUAGUCGUGAUUUCUAUGUGCGAUUAGCAGAUAAUUCGGAUAAUUCGCUGAUGUAUUUCACCAUGGGUGGUUUAGUAAUCAUUUUGAUACUACAGAAAUUCUAUGUCUGGUAG